AAUACAUUGCUACAGAGGAUCCGUACCCAACCCAAACGCGGCCAAGCCAACGAACACUCUAGUCCGGUCUCCCAUAGUCCCACCACCCCAUUCCACCGAUGGCGAGCGAAUCCGCCAUGUGAAAGGCCGGCUACAGAAAUAGGAGAAUAGAAUAAUCCUCCCUCAACUCGCCACCACCCCCACCCCAGCGGCCCAGCCAGCGCGACGAAGCCAGGGGGGCGAUCGCUCCACCGCCGCCGGCGACCUCACCCCCCGGAAGCCGCCGGCGACCUCACCCCCGGAAGCCGCCGGCGGUACCCCUCCUCCCGCCACCUCGUUGAUCCGUCAGGUUUUAGUAGUUCAUUUGGUAUUGCGAGUUAUCCAAGGUUGCACCGCAAAGAUGAGUACUGUUAAUCGCUAUCAACACAUCAAGUCAACCAAGCCUAUUCUAGGCAAAGCAAGAAAAUUGAAGGACCUCAUGAUAAAAAGCGAUAAUAGGAUAUGCGCUGAUUGCGGCGCACCUGAUCCCAAAUGGGCGUCCGCUAAUAUUGGAGUAUUUCUUUGCUUAAAGUGCGGAGAUGUUCAUAGGGCACUCGGACCUGACAUUUCAAAGGUUUUAUCUGUAACUUUGGAUGAUUGGUCUGAUAGUGAUAUCGACUCCAUGGUUGAGGUUGGGGGAAACUCGUAUGCGAAUUCAAUUUAUGAGGCUUUUCUUCCAAAGGAUCACCCGAAACCCAAACCGGAUUCAGCAAUGGAAUAUAGGACGAAAUUUAUAAGAGCCAAGUAUGAGACACAAGAUUUUUUGAAGCCAAGUCUGCGCAUUUCCUCUAAAUCAUCUUUUCAAUCUACCAUUUCCGUGAAGAGUGUGUCUAGCAGUUUCUCUAGCACUUCAAGGAAGGAUGUCCUUGAAGAUACAAGAGAAUUCGUAGGGGCACUGAAUAUUACAGUGGUGAAAGGUACUAACUUGGCUGUCAGAGACAUGCUAACAAGUGAUCCAUAUGUUAUUCUAGCACUCGGAGAGCAGAAAGCUCAGACAACGGUUAAAAAGAGUGACCUGAACCCAGUAUGGAAUGAGGUGCUGAAGCUAUCCGUUCCUCGAAAUUAUGGACCUCUAAAACUGCAAGUGUAUGACCACGAUAUGUUCUCUGCCGAUGAUAUCAUGGGUGAAGCGGAGAUAGAUCUCCAACCAAUGAUCACAGCUGCCAUGGCCUUUGGAGAUCCUUCACGUCUUGGUGACAUGCAGAUUGGACGGUGGUUUAUGACUAAAGACAAUGCUCUAUUGAAAGAUAGCACUGUCAAUGUUGUCGGGGGCAGGGUAAAACAGGACGUGCACCUAAAGCUGCAGAACGUAGAAUCAGGUGAGAUAGAGUUAGAACUGGAAUGGGUUUCUCUAGACUAAAUGUACCUCUCCUGAUCUUUGUCUAAAAUCUACCCUCAAGAUGCAUCGAUAUAUUUUACUUGAGCUGAAUUUCUUCAAAGUUAUCCACUUGCUGCUCGUCUUUGAACUUU